ACUUCAACAUCAGUAUUCCAAAACCCAUCGUUAAACACGAUCUUAUGAUUCUUCUGGUGAGUAGCCUGGUGGAUUUGGGUGUGAUUUGUUUCCCAGUCACUGAUGUGCCCGUGUUGUCCGCGGACGGCGCCUCUGGGAGAGGUGGCCGCGAGCGUGACGGCGGCACCCCGCGUGUGGGUGACCGUGUGCACGCGGAGACGCCUCCCGUGCUUGGAGCACCUGCCAGAGAGAACGCCGACAGGCCUGACCAGGGAAAACCUCCCUUCAGCCUCCCUCGGUAUGAUCCGCUCUCUCCCGGCAGCGGUGGGUCACGGGACGAGGCCCGACUGAAGGUCCGGCUCGCCCGUCUGCAGAUGGAAGCGCAGGAAAAGGCGCAAGCCCGCCAAAUGCAGCUCGAGAUCAGGCGGCUUGAGAUUGAAGCCGACACAGCUGUCAGGAUCCGACAGCUGGAGCUGGAGGCGAAAGCUCGCAUCCCUGCACCCCCCGAUGACGGCACCACCCCUUUUCCAUCCGGUCUACCCACUGGUUCACUAGAUAUCAGUAAAUUGAUUUGUCUUGUGCCCGCUUUUCGGGAAUCAGAAGUGGAUUCGUACUUCUCAUCAUUCGAGCGCAUUGCAGGUACUCUGAAAUGGCCCCGCGAGGUUUGGCCUUUGCUACUCCACUGUAAGAUGAGUGGAAAAGCCCAAGAGGUCGUAGCGGCGCUCCCUCUUGAGGAUUCGCUAAAUUAUGAUAAGGUUAAAACGGCUGUUUUACAGGCAUAUGAGCUCGUGCCUGAAGCCUAUCGCCAAAGGUUCAGACAGCAGAGAAAAAGUCCGACUCACACUCAUGUGGAGUUUGCUCGUGAAAAGAGCGUUCUUUUUGAUAAAUGGUGUGCAGCAUCCAAAGUUGAUGAUUUGUCUUCACUGCGUGAACUAAUUUUGUUGGAGGAGUUUAAAAGAAGUUUGCCUGAACGUCUUGUUGUGUAUCUGAAUGAGCAAAAAGUGAACACUGUGACGUCAGCAGCGGUGCUGGCUGAUGAAUACACGUUGACGCAUAAAACAUCCUUCCCUGUACCCAAAGACCACCUGAGAGUUGCAGCUUCACCACAGCCAACUCACCAUAAAUCAAACUCAUCCAGAGAAACACGUGAGUGUUUUUACUGUCAUAAGCCUGGACAUGUCAUCGCAAACUGCAGCCUCCUAACCAGCCAAUCAGAACCUGCCCAACAGAGCCCGUCCAGUCCAAAAGGGAUCGGCGUGAUCCUUAGAACCGGUAAAGGUAAGAAACCAGACGCCU